AUGAAUUUUAAUUCCUUCAACACAUUCGGCCAUUGGGGUGUAUUCGAAACCCAGGAAGAAAAGCAAAUACGCGAACAACAGGAGAAGGAACUACAACAACGUGAAUCACAGCAACAAGAAACAGAAUCGUAUGAACAUACUUCAAAAAAUAGGGAAAUGGAAAAUAAUGAAAUUGAUCUCUUGGUCACCUCGCUUGGAUUAACCUCUCUGGUUAAUGAAAUUGGUGAAGAUAAAAACAAGGAGGAUGUUUUGAAAUCUAACGACGAAAAAAUACUAGAGAUAGUACUAGAAAGCGAUGAAGAAAAUGAAAAAGAAAGUAUUGAUCCAACAAAUUUAUCAGAAAAAAAGGAAGAAAAGGAAAAAGACGUUAAGAAGGAUGAAAACCCUUUUAUCGAGCCAGAACCAGUUGAAAUAGAAAACCCGUUACCAUUAUCAAUUUUGAAACGUCGCUCACUUCAUGUACUAUUCUAUAACAUCGAAAAACGCCGAGAAAUAAUUUUACACUUACAAAAUCAAGUUCAACUACGUACAUCCCAUUUGCUUUUUUAUAAAAAUUUUGUUAUUCGGUGCAACGAUUUUACUGUCCACCCAGCAAGUAUUGUUCCUGCUAUGGGCGGAUAUUUGAAUAUAACGAAAGUAAAUAUGAAUAUCGAAAAUUGUACAUGUGUUUUUAGGCUUUUACCUGGUAUUCAAAGAUUUUCAUCAGAAAAUUUUCUCAAAAUGGCUAGAAACGGCAUAAAUACUGAAUAUAAUCCUAAACGAUUCCACUCAAUAAUAAUGCGUAUUCGACAUAAACAUAACAGGACAACAGCAGCAUUAAUUUUUCAAUCUAGUAAAGUGGUGCUAACAGGUGUUCCCAACGUAAAGUUAGCUAGAAGAAUGGCUUUAAUAGUGUUAAAAAGAAUAGAAUUUUCGAUAAAAGAAGCAAAUAUACAAAAAUUUUCAAAACUUGGAAUCAUAAGCCUUAAAGUUACAAAUAUUGUCAGCUCAUAUCGAAGUAUGAACCGAGUUGCCAUUGAAUUGAUAUGUCGCGUCUUUGAAACGCGAUUGCAAAAAUAAACUUUUUAUUUAAAUUUAAUUACUCAUUGCUAUAAACUUUUCCCAGACCUUUUAUCUACUUUAACAAUCUAAAAUUGUAUUUUCUUUUCGCCUUUCUAUUUAAAUGAUUUUCAAUUUCCUACUAAUGACUGCUUCUUCUCAAUUCUCUCCUUACUCACUCCUAGCUUUCCUAUCAGCUUUUUCUCACUUCAGUGUUCCAUAAAAAAUGUUUUCCUUCCACCUUUUCGCUCGCUAUUUUAUA